AUGGCGUCGUCUCGUGACACCGUCACGGCACCAGUACGAGUUCGUGGCAAACGCAAGGCAGGCCCAGAAGAGAAGUGGAACUUCGGCAAACGGCGAGAUCCCAAACUUCAGAAGCGGCGACCCAAUACUGCCAUCUAUGGCCGCCAGCCACMCUCGACAACUUCUGCUGAUGCAGCUUUCUCGCCCGCAACAGCACGACCGAGAAAGCGACGACGUCGUCUCGUCCCACAGUCUCCACUCGAAGAGCUUCCUCCUGAAGUCUUGCAGACGAUAUUUGCAUAUUCUGCAAACAUCAUGCUUCCACUGACCUCCACCCAGCUUGCUUCCAAACUUUGCAACAGUACGCAUUUGCGUCAUAAUCUUAGUGAUCGUCUGUUAGGCCCUGUACUUGGAUGCGAUGUCGCUACCCGCGCUUCUGCGACGGACCUUGCAUCUGCAACCCGACUGCUCAACAGCAGGUUCAUGGACUUUGCCUUCUUCAAGACAUGGCUUCGUAGGUCUCGCGACGAGGUUCCGGUAUCAGAUCAGUCGAGUGACCUCGCGGAUGAGCUCGACUGGAAGGGAAUGUGGUUAGCAUGCCAACCAUCUUCAAGCUUGCUCCCUCCGCGGAAACUCUUCUCUGCUCCUUUCUCACAAGAAAACACUGCGUUUCUCUCGAUUCUUGCUCAACCCAUUGACAACAUUACAUCUCUCAAUCCUUCUUAUGGCGAACUUGCUUACGACGGACUGUCCGCUGCUGUGUCAUCAGGAUAUGCCGAGCUUGCUUCAGUGCUACUCGGCAUGGGCAUUACUGUCACUACGGAACUGUUGCGUGCUGCCGUCAUCGAUGCUGGUUGCGACGAACCUCUUGUUCGGCAACUCUUGGACGCCUAUCGUAGCACCGAUGAUGACAUGGAUCUACUUGACCCGAUAAUUUGGUCCUGGGCCGAACAGGCUCGCGAUACUGGCGAUCCAAAGGGAAUAUGGCUGAUGGAGGUUAUGCGAGAGUCGCACCGGCUGCGUGCUUGA